CCGCCAAACUGGUUUCUCGACAUGCACCCUUAUUGUUAUCAUUAUUUCUUCUAACGCGUUCGUAGUUGUUCUUACCAAUACAAUACUAUGUUAGCAUGUAAGAAAUGUUACAAUAUUGUGAAUAGUCUUUCAGUUUUAGUUUAAAUUUUACAAUCAUCUUAUUCAAAUUAUGAAACCAGGUUUUUACGAAGGCAUUUACUUUAUGCUUGGAUGUGGUUUACUUGCAAAAAUACUCGUACUUAUUGGCCCAAAACGUAAUCAUGAGCUAAGCAAUGAGAAGAACGCUGCUGAUAAAAACGAUUUCAGAAGAAAACGCAGCAAGAGAAAACCAACAUCUCUCCUCAUUAGAUUGCUCAAAAAACUCCACAUUAACAAAAUCGAACGUGAAGCGUAUUUAUUUCAUUUCACAACCGCUGUUGCAUUUGUAUCAUCAUCUGAAGGUGGCCAACCGUUAACACAGAAGGACUUCGUUAAGAUGUAUACCUAUUCGGUUCUUAUUUCUGGAGGAUUCAUACCCAAAAUUCAAAGAGAGGUGUACUUUGAUCCUGAUGGUGCGUGGAAGAAUGAGUCUCAAAAUACUUGGAUAAGGAAAUGUACUGGUUCGCUGUAUGUGGUCGUAUAUCAGUUCAAUGGAGAUAACGGUCUUUUGAUCUCAUGGGAUGUCUCAGGUCAUGCUACUAGUACCGUCUUAAUGAAUCUAAAUGCGAUCGAUGUUGAAAUCAGAAAUAACGAACGUGACAUUGAAAACAUGUUUCAUAUCAGUACUCUUCUCAAAAGCCGAAAAAAUGUUUCAAAUUCGUCAGCAUCAUCGAGCAUUUCCAAAUAGGCUCUUUCUUACGUAAUUGACGCAAAUAUUCUUUUAAAAAACAAGCCUUUGUACCACGAGUAGUUCUAUUUCAAUGCACUUAACUUCAAUAUUAUUUUCUACUCAAAAGUAUUUGAGAGAUAAUUACAAAUUUAUAUUUUUAUUUGGUUUUACUAUUGUGUGAUAUUUGUUUUAAAAAAUACCAUUUACUAAAUAAUAAUAAGUUUUUGUCAUUAUUUUUUAAGUUCCCGAUAAUCUCAUAUUUUAUCAUUAUUUUUAAUCAUACCUUUACUUUUUUUUUCAUUAUUGAUUUGUUUGUUCCUCGUUUUUACGUCUAUUAAUAAUUUUUAAAGGCUGUUUUGUGCACUUUUUUUAUGCUUAGGAGUUAGUAUACAAUGUUACUUUACUUUUUUCUAUUUUAAGUAACAAUUUGUGAUAUGACAUUUUUACGUCUCAAGUUGAAAUAAACGUUUUUAAAUUA